AUGUCUACGUGGACUUCUGUUUUACAAGUGCUUGAAAAUGUGUAUGAUAAUGGUACUAAUGAUGAUAAUAGUGGUAUCGCCACCAGUUUGAUUAAUAAGAUGAAGAGUUAUGAAUUUGUGUUUAUGAUGCAUUUGAUGAAAUCUUUAUUGGGAAUCGCAAAUGAAUUAUCACUUGCCUUACAACAAAAGGAUCAAAACAUUGUACUGGCUGCCAGUUUGAUCAAGACAAUGAAAGUUCUUGAUAUGAUGGUUCAAGAGAUGAGUAAUCGGUUUUCAGAAUCAAGUACGAAGAUACUUACUUGCAUUGCUUGCUUAGAUCCAAAGGACUCUUUUUCUCAAUUUGAUAUUGGUAAGCUACUCCACCUUGCUGAACUUUAUCCGAAGGACUUUUCAUUGAUUGAUCGUGAAAUACUUGAGGACCAACUUGAGACUUACAUUCAAAAUGUACGAGGUGAAUUUUCUAUGAUUGAAGAUUUGGGAAGUCUUGCUAAAAAGAUGGUUGAAACGGGCAAGAAUACAAUUUUUCCAUUGGUAUAUCGUUUGAUCGAGUUAGCAUUAGUUUUACCAGUUGCAACUGCUUCUGUUGAAAGAGUUUUUUCUGUGAUGAAAAUUAUCAAGACUGAUUUGUGUAAUAGGAUGGGGGAUGAGUGGAUGAAUGACAGUUUGGUAGUAUACAUAGAAAAAGAUAUUUUUGCUACAAUUGAAAAUGAACAAAUUUUACAACAUUUUCAACAGAUGAACACUCAUAGGAUCCAGUUGCCUCCUCUUGUUUGUAUGUCUAGAUCUGAUGCUGGUGGUUCAAAUAUUAAAAAAUAA